AUUCGUGAAUUUGGUUCGGCUUUGAAUGUUAGAACAUGUUUCUUCCUAAGUAACACAAUUCCCAGGUCGUACUCUGGUGCUGCUUUGAUGAAAAACAAUUGGAAACCGGAUACAGUUUAUCUCUACCAAUUUCCUCGUUCGCCGGUGAUGCCAAAUGUGUCACCAUUUUGCCUAAAAGUUGAGACAUUCCUUCGUGUGAAGGACAUAAAAUAUGAGGUUCUUGGUGGGUUUCGACAACGAUCUUCACGUGGAUUGCUUCCAUUCAUUGAAUUGAAUGGGAAUCAAAUAGCUGAUUCGCAAGUCAUUAUUUGGGAAUUGCAAAGGCACUUCAAAGUUAAGGAUGAUCUUACUGGUGUAGAGAGAGGUACCGCACGUGCACUAGAACGUAUGGUCGAUAUGAGCACUUUUUACUGUUUAUUACAAGAUAAAUGUGUAUUGAAUGGACCUACCUUUGUGAAUCGGUCUGUCAGCGGUGUUCCACUUCCGACGUUUGUCACAAAUUUCUUGGGAAAACGUUUCUCAGAAACUAUUCGAAGACGUGUCAAUGGCGUAUUAGGAAGGAUUUCUAGAGAAGAAUUAAAGGAAUUAUUGCGACGUGAUAUCCAGGCGAUCGACGAUGUACUUCAGGAUAAGAAGUUCUUGUUUGGUCCUAAAAUGACCGUUACGGACUGUGCUGUAUUUGCUCAACUGGCCACAACCUUUUUUCUGCCGUAUCGUCAACUUAUCACGGAUUUCCUUGAGGACGACUUUCCGCGAGUACGACAUUAUGUAGAAAGGAUCAGAAACCAUUAUUAUCCUGAGUGGAAAUAUAAGUAA